ACGGGGCGGGCUUCCUCCUCUUCUCUCUGAGUUGUUUCAGUUAAAGAAAUGCUGAGAAAUCUCCGGUCCCGGAGGCGGUCCCGGUACGUGGUUCAAGCAUGCUCAUUCAUCGCAGCUAUUCUCCUCCUCCUCUCCGUCGCUCUACUCCACAGUCGUCUCGGAUCUCAUCGAGACUCUCAGAACAGGAUCCAGUUGCAUUCUAACGACGUCGUCUCAGAUCCAUUACUCGACGAUGCGGAUCUUGAUGAUGCUCGAACCCGCACCAACUCUGACGACCGGAUUGACGAGCUCGACGACGUCCAGGACGAUAAUACAGAUCAUUCCAGGGUUCCCGACGAGGAGGAGAUCCUCAGAGGAGUAGAAUCAGAGGAAGAAGAAGCAGUCGAUCAGUCUAAACUUUCUGGAUACUACUUCGAUCACAUCUAUGGCGUCAUACGCCGUUCAUUCGACCGAAGGUCGAUUGAUCAGUGGGAGGAUUAUCAGAGUUUUGAUCCCACUGCAGGUUUUGAAGAUCGGAGCAAAGUUGCCUUUGGUUCGGAUGAUUUGCCAGUCGACGAGAACGUCAGGAAGAAGAUGGCUGAUAUUAAGGGGAUCGAGGACGCUCUCUUGUUGAAGACGGGAUCCGAUGUUUCACCAUUGAGAGAGGGAUGGGGACCCUGGUUCGAGGCGAAGAGCGAUUUCUUGAGGAAAGAUAAGAUGUUCAAGUCUAGUUUGGAGAUAUUGAAUCCACUCAAUAAUCCUCUUCUGCAGGAUCCCGAUGGAGCUGGACUCACCACUCUCACCAGGGGGGACCGGAUUGUGCAGAAACUUCUCUUGAACAACCUAAAAAAGGCUCCAACAAAAAAACCCUUGGGAAUUGAAGGCCUUGGAAUAAACGAGGAAGAUGUUCAAAAGCUUGUUAUUAAUAAGAGUAGCAGUAGAAGUGAAAUCAAAAGAGCCGAGAGAAGAACUCUAGACGUUGGAGGGGCUCAAAUGAACAACAACAGUAAGGUAAUUGAGGCAACUCAGAGCAAAAUUGCACCAGUUUUUGCCAGAGGUUCGGAUACAUCUGCGAGUGAUCAGGGCGGUUUGGCUGCCCAAAAGAAUGUAGCCUCUAGGAUUAAGAAUAGUUCUUCAUCAGUUGAAGUAUAUGCAGAUGGUAAAAGAUGGGGCUACUUUUCUGGACUGCACCCUCAUUUGUCAUUUUCAAACUUCAUGGAGGCAUUCUUCAGAAAGGGGAAGUGCUCUUUGAGAGUUUUUAUGAUCUGGAACUCAGCUCCAUGGAUGUUUAGUGUCCGCCAUCAGCGGAGCCUGGAAAGUCUUCUCUUUCAUCAUCGUGAUGCUUGUGUGGUAGUGUUUUCAGAGACAAUUGAACUUAAUUUCUUCCAAGGCUUUGUGGAUGAUGGUUUCAAGGUUGCUGUCGUCAUGCCAAAUCUUGACGAACUGCUGAAGAAUACACCCACUCAUGUAUUUGCCUCGGUUUGGUUUGAAUGGAGAAAAACAAAAUUUUAUUCUACUCACUACAGUGAACUUGUCCGGCUUGCAGCUCUUUACAAAUAUGGUGGAGUCUAUCUAGAUUCUGAUGUCAUAGUACUACGACCGCUGUCUUCAUUUGUUAACACUGUUGGAUUGGAGGAUGAUGGAACUUCUCUGAAUGGUGCUGUAAUGUCAUUUAGAAGGCACAGCCCCUUUAUAAGGAAGUGUUUGAUAGAGUUUUAUUCGACGUAUGAUGAAACUCGUUUGAGAUGGAACGGAGCCGACCUUUUGACAAGAGUGGCGGGGAAUUUUUCUACAAAAGGGACACAUAUUGUUGACAAUAAGGAGCUGAAGUUGCAACCAGCCUUGUCUUUCUUCCCAAUUAGUCAUGGAGAUAUCUCUAGAUUCUUUUUGAAAGCUGCAACAGAGGCUGAAAGGGCAGAUGAAGAUGAAGUUUUCAGAAAUAUAUUGGAGAAGUCAUUCACAUUCCACUUUUGGAACAGUUUCACUUCUUCUUUAGUUCCUGAUCCUGGUAGCUUGGCUGCAAGGCUUAUUAAUCACCCCUGCAUCCGUUGUCUUGACGUGUUAUAGUAGGUAGCUUCUUCUUCUUCUUCGAAGGAGCUCGCUCUCAAUAUAUACAUACAUAGAUGCAUACUUUCAAGUCUGGUUGGAGAGGUGAAGACGACUAAGCGGUGUCUUCUCGAUGUUGCAAGUGAAGGUUUUCUUAAGGAACGUAAAUUUGAUGAUUUUUUGGCCAACUCGACGACGAGGAUCGUCCUCCAAUGACCAUCCCCAUAUAUAAUUGUGGAGAGGUAGGGGAUGAUGAUACACGCUGGGAAUUAUACUAGUUUUUGGUUUGUGCAAAAACUGAAAGACUCCUAUAAAAUCAUAACAGGAAAAACUUUAUUGGUUUUUUCUAGUUUGGUUAUAUUCAUUCAUACUUGAUAUGUAGCAAAUUUUGAUGUAAAAAGUUAUUUAAUUUAAUUGCAUAUUACUAUUUCGAUUUUUU